AUGGCUAUGCUAAAUAGCGCGACUUACCUCACUCUUCCUCUUUUGAGACCUGGACGCCAUUUAACUCAAGACAUGUAUGUAAUAUACGGUUUGGAACCGAUGCUGGAAUCUCCUAACUACGAAAUAGCAACCGUUAUGAUGAAUCGACUUCGAGAAAUUUUGAUGUUUCACAUUAUGAAUAUAAAUCUCCGAAAUAAAGUCGAGAGAGAACUACGAUUUAUGUUUGUGAAUGAUUUCAUAUUUAUGAUGCUGGCUUUUGUAACGGAAUUGGUCGGUGGUUUUAAGAACACUAUGUUGCAAUUGCCCUUUUCUUUUAGCGCGGUCUUCAUAAAUUGUUAUUUUGGGCAAAGGCUAAUUGAUGCUAGCACAGCUUUUGAGAUAGCAAUAUGA